AUGACUGAUACCGAUGAUGUAAUAAAUGAAGAACGUCAAAUUAAUGAUGAAUAUAAAAUUUGGAAAAAAAAUUCAGCUUUUCUUUAUGAUUUAAUUAUGACUCAUGCACUUGAAUGGCCAUCGCUUACUGUCCAAUGGUUACCACAAGUCACAAAAGCUGAUGAUAAUAAAGAUUGUACUGUUCAUCGUCUUAUACUUGGUACACAUACAUCAGAUGAACAAAAUCAUUUAGUUAUUGCAUGUGUACAAAUUCCAAAAGAUGGUAUAUUAACUGAUACUACUCAAUAUGAAUCUGAACGUGGAGAAUUUGGUGGUUUUGGUUUAUUCAAUGCUAAGAUUGAAAUAGAAUUAAGAAUUAAUCAUGAAGGUGAAGUCAAUCGUGCUCGGUAUAUGCCACAAAAUCCAUCGCUUAUUGCAACAAAAUCUCCAUCAGCUGAUGUAUUAAUAUUUAAUCAUACGAAAUUAGCAUUACAAUCAAAAGAACAAUUAAUGGCACAAAGUGCUGAUUGUUGUCCUGAAUUACGUCUUCGUGGACAUAAAAAAGAAGGCUAUGGUCUUUCAUGGAAUCCAAAUGCUAGUGGACAUAUAUUGUCAGCAUCGGAUGAUCAUACUAUAUGUUUCUGGAAUAUUGAAAAAACACCAACGGAAGGAAAAUAUGUUGAUCCAUUAGGUAUUUUCUCUGGACAUCAAGCUGUUGUUGAAGAUGUUGCUUGGCAUUUAUUUCAUGAAACACUUUUUGGUUCAGUUGGUGAUGAUUGUAAAUUGAUGAUUUGGGAUACUCGUUCAUCAAAUUAUACAAAACCAUCGCAUGUUGUUGAUGCACAUAGUGCUGAAGUUAAUUGUUUAUCAUUUAAUCCAUUUUCGGAAUAUAUUCUUGCAACAGGUUCAGCUGAUAAAACAGUUGCACUUUGGGAUCUUCGAAAUUUAAAAUUAAAAUUACAUACAUUUGAAUCUCAUAAAGAUGAAAUAUUUCAAGUUCAAUGGUCACACCAUAAUGAAACAAUUCUUGCUUCAAGUGGUACUGAUCGACGAUUACAUGUUUGGGAUUUAAGUAAAAUUGGUGAAGAACAAACUAGUGAUGAUGCAGAAGAUGGUCCACCAGAAUUAUUAUUUAUUCAUGGUGGACAUGCAGCAAAGAUUUCUGAUUUUUCAUGGAAUCCAAAUGAACCAUGGGUUAUUUGUUCGGUAUCAGAAGAUAAUAUUAUGCAAGUUUGGCAAAUGGCUGAAAAUAUCUAUGCAGAAGAUGAAACUGAAGCAAAUCAUGCUGAUCUUGAAUAA